AUGUAGUCCGUGUAUACGACGAAGCUGCAAUUGCUUACAUGUUUAACAGUACUUUGAACUGAACUAUAAUCGAAGUUGUACUCCAUGAUGAACUUCAUCAUGCAUAUGGUGGAGGGAAGCUGGAUCGCUUCCGAGCGCCUCUGGAACAGGGAUUGUGUCCGGAUUCAUCAUAAACUACGGAACAAACUUGGAGUCUUGUUAAAGCGAAGCGAAACCGAGCGGUACAUCAUGGUGGUGGCCGGGCAUACCGGGCGCUAGAGAAGGAAAAGGAAAGAAGGCCAUGGACGACGAAGAAGUAGGAUGCUGGGAGUUCCCGACGGACGUCCUGGUGGAGAUCCUCCAGCGUCUUCCGCCGAGCUCCCGGCGCCGGUCCCGCCUCGUGUGCCGGCACUGGCGCGACGCCGUGGAUGAACGCACCACGGAGAUGCGGAGCCACGCCAAAGCCCUCCUCUGGAACGCCGAACACUCGGUCGCAUAUGUGGUGGACGACCUGUCGCCGUCGUCGACGGGGAGCUGCACUGAGCUUUGGAGGCGGCCGGACUCCGGAUACCGCGGCACUUACAGUGGCCUGCAACCGGUGGCUACGUGCAACGGCCUGCUCUGCCUGUGCGACAACACGAAGCGGCCUGGUGGCGCUAUCACCCUGGUGAACCCGGCCACCGGCGAGGCCCUGCCUGUCCCGCCGCUGCCGCUGCCGUGCGACGGCCUGUUGGAUGAGUCGAACUGGUGGGUGUAUCGGCACUGGAACCGGGCCUACACCUUUGCGUACCACCCGAUUUCCGGCAAGUACAAGGUGGUGCACGUGCCCAGCAGCUUCCGCAAUCGCUGCAAGUUCGACUCCGUGCAAGUGCUCACGCUGGGGGAGGCGUCGUGGCGGGAGGUCCCGGCCAGUCCUGAUGCGAUGUGCCAACUGCUCGCCGGUGUCAUCAGCGUUGACGGCACGACAUACUGGACAACGGAUGGCUCCGCAGCGAGGGUGGUAUCAUUUGACCUGGAGCAGGAGCGCGUCACCUCCUUCCGGCUGCCCCCGAGACCAAAAAGGGCUUCUUACUACCCCCUUACGGCAGUGCACGGGCGGCUGGGCAUCGUCGUCGGCCAGGGAGACGUUUUACUGACGACUGUGGUGUGGGUUCUGGACAAGAGACGGCGGUGGAGCCGCUGGUACACCCUCCGCCAACAACAGAUCCCGCACCCACACUUCGUCUACGGCAACUAUGUGCUCACGCAAGAGGAUUCCUUGUAUGCGCACUACACGCGGAAAAAAAAACCAUCUCUGUCUAGUGGCGUGGUGCGGGUUAAUCCUCACCAACAUCACAAGGUCACCAACAAAACAUUCGGCUACGCUUACUAUCCAAGUGGGACAUUUGCCUACGUGGACACAACCGAGCCAUUGAGUGUUUACGCAACCAAUUAG